AACGAAUUGAACGGUUGGGUGUAGGCCAAUUCUGUCUUCAUCUUGUUAACACAAAAACCACCUCCAUCCCCUUCCAUCCCCUCUCCUCUUCUCCUCCUCAAAAAUUCGAUUCCAAAAUCUCCUCAUGGCGUCUGGAUCUUACUGGUGCUACAGCUGCAACCGCUUCGUCUGGAUCUCCGACUCCCUCUCCUGCCCCGACUGCAACGGAGGCUUCCUCGAACACAUCCACCAAUCCCCCCAUUUCACACCAACCCCCACGCGCUUCCCUCACGCGCCCACCAACCACUCCCCGAAUCCCGUAAUCCUCCUCCGCGGCGCCUCCGACCGAUCCUCUUUCCAGAUGUACUACGACGACUCGGGCCUCAGACCGUUACCCCCGAGCAUGACGGAGUUUCUCUUAGGCUCCGGGUUCGAUCGGCUGCUGGAUCAGAUCUCUCGGAUCGAACUCAACGCGAAUCGGAACGGCUUUCACAGUAGUAGUAUUAGCUUGUGUGAUCAUCCUCCCGCUUCUAAAUCGGCGGUCGAAGGUUUGCCUGAGGUCGAGAUCGGGCGGGAUCAUCUGGAGUCGGAUUGUCAGUCUCAUUGCGCUGUUUGUAAAGAGAAUUUCGAGAUGAAAUCUGUGGUUAGAGAGAUGCCUUGUAGUCAUGUCUAUCAUCCUGAUUGUAUUCUCCCUUGGUUAGCUAUUAGAAACUCCUGCCCCGUCUGCCGGCAUGAGCUGCCGGCAGACGAGGGGAGUGAUAGUGGUGGUGGUGGUGGUGGUGAUGGAGUAGUAGGUGAACAGGAGGAGGAGGAUUUUGCGGCGGGGUUGACGAUAUGGAGGUUACCGGGGGGAGGAUUUGCGGUGGGGAGGAUUCCGGGAGGAGAUAGAGUGAUGCCGGUUGUGUACACGGAGGUAGACGGUGGGAGAAUGGGGGAAGAGAGGCUUCCGUUGGGUUCGAGAAGAGGAGGAGGUGGUAGAGAGAGAGGAGGAGGAGGGUUUGCGGGUCGGAUCAUGAGACUGUUUGGGUGUUUUAGUGGGUCAGCUGGAUCCAUAGCAUCCGGGUCCGGGUCGAGAUCAAGGGUAACUAGUAGGAGCAGGUCGUCGUUGUCUAUGUUCAGUUCAGGUUCGUCAAGGAGACGGAAUUGGCUAACUAGAUGAACUUUAGCCUCUCAAAGGUAAAACAAAACAUGAAAUAAAAACGAGUAUACUGUUUAAAAAAAUUCGGGUUUUUUUGUUUAUCAGUGUAAUGAUUAUAUUCAUUCACAGAAAUUUGAAUCAAUCCGAGUAAAUUGAUAGUUCGUUAAUAUUCGGAG